CCAUUUGAAGAAUCCUGAUAUUGCUGCUAAAAUCCAGAAGCUUUUGGAAUCAGGACUGAUUGCCAUUCAUUGAAUGUGCAUUAUAUUUUGUAAAUUAAGCUUUGUAUCUGAGACACGAAGAUAACUGAAAGUUUUGAGAACUGGAAAUGUGCAAAAAAGAAUUCAUAAGUACAUUUUUGAGGUGCUUCCCCCCAGUCUAAGCUACCUAUCCUGUAAUAUCAGUUAGGAUAGGUUAUACACUAUUCUUCUUCUUCUUGGACUUAACUGCUUAAAAGACUUAACAAGCAACAACUUUAAUUUGAUGUGACAAUGUAAAAAGGGAAGUUGUCAGUACAGAGUGUAGCACAGAUUGAAACUUCUGGAUUCCUUGGUUGUUCUCGAAUGCUAUUUUGUACAUCAUUUGUCAAUCUCAUUAUUUUAAUAUUGUUCUGUGUGUUUUUCCAUAUUACAGGAACUGUACUAAUUCAAGUUGUAAUAUGAAAUUACAAUGAAAAGUUUUCAUCAUUACCUGAUUGUUCUCAAAACUUGCAGAAUAAUAUCCAUAUUGGAAUAGUCAUCAAAUACAAUUUAUGUAGUAGUGCAAAUUUCAGUGUAAUCACAUUUCAUGCAUUACAUUUUGUAUCUUUAUUUAUAAUUGUUGAACUUGCUUGUUAGACAAUGGCAAAUUAAAUACACAGCAGUGUGUCACCUGAUAAACCUACAGAGUUGUAAAAUUUACAAAUUCCAUGCACUGAAACCUUGAAUGUGUCAUGCAUAUUCAGUUUUCAUGUUGACUACUCAUUUGGCUGGAACCUAUCUUAUUGCAAGAUAACAUUUCUCGUUUUUCUUUAGUUGUUGCAAACAUUUUUUUUUUCAGGUUAUGUCUAUUUUGAGACAUAACGAUUGUAAACUGUCCUUGGUUAAGUAAUGUAAUCUGUGUACUCCUUAUCCCCUGGGACAUAUUUUCAGUUUUAUGAUCAUUUUAAUGAGAAGGGAUGAUGGUGAGAUGCUAAUAAAAAUGAGGUACCUUUUAUAGUUGCUUAUGAAACAUACAUGGUGUUUUGAUCUAUUAUCCGUUAUGCUAUUUAUACAUUGCUCAAGAAAGUAGUUUCUGUAUUGACCCAAUAUGCUGAUGAAACACAAUGAAACUGUUUGCUUCAAAUUGUCUACAGUUCAGAAAAAAUCAUGCAAAUUCUGAUGCUUUGCUUAUGGUUAGCAAUAAAUUCAGGAUAUUUAAACCUAAAGCAUUGAAUCUUGAAGGCUUACAUGCUUGUAGAAGUCUGAAUAAAACGUGCAUGUAAUAAAAUCUGUUUCAGAUUUGACCUUAAAGAUAAGAUUUUACACGUCUAAAAGGCAAAACAUUAUGCAAAAAUGUUAUGAAAAAUUAUUUUGAACUUUUUUAGCCACUUAAUUGUGAUGCUUAACAUUGUGUAUAGUUGUAAAAGACAAGAGCAAGUGUUUGCAUUUGUAUCAAUCGUUACAUAACAUGCUAUGCAAGUAGUGACUGCAAAUGCUCAUGAUUCGUUUGGAUCCAAGUCUAUCUGAGUCCUGCUGAGAACUUUUUGACUGAUCAAAUGUGCUGACACGUUUUUGUUUUCAGUGGAGGUAUUAGCUACCGAUUGUCAUUUGUGUGACAUUCUGCAGUAAAUUUGAUGGAUUUAAAUGUACUGAUUUAUGUGUAAAUAUUGCAUAUAGGAUAUGGAUAGAUUAAACACUGUUGCUAAGGGUAAAAUGAUGUUCUGUGAUGAAUGACCUACUUAAAACAUAACAUGCAAAUUGUGUUGCAUGCCAUAUUGUGAUUUUCAUGUGAUGAAAUCUGUUAUCUGUAAGAAGCAGCCUCCAAAAUGCAAGAUUGGAUUUUAAAAUUAGCUUUCCAAUUUCUUCCCUUCCUUCAUUGUUGGGGAUUUUUGAUUUCUUGAAUACCAUGCUUUAGGAUUUCACUAAAAUACAGAAAUGUGUUGCUCAUUACAUAUUUGUUUAUACUUGCUUAUGCUAAUUUAGGUUGAUAGAAAAAAAUUUGUCCGCUUAAAGCAGUUGGUGAUCAAUUUUUGUCCAUUGUUUGGUUAAUUGCUAUGAAAUUCCUAAAUCAACUAAAAGCAAUUAGUCAGCUAAAAUGCUCAAAUCUGUUGUAUGGAUAUGUUAAUUUACUUCAGAUUUUGAGAGCGAUUCCCAGGUUUCUCAGACUUCAUUUGACAUUUGGUAUUGUCAUGAAGUUUUCCAGACGGAGCAUGUUGCUGGACAUGUAAUUGGGGCCUAGUAAUUGUGGAGCCUGAGCCUCCACCAACCCACAUGUACCUUGUGGGGAUUGUGGUUAGUUGAUAAGUGUGUUGAAAUUUCUUUUGAUUAUUCCUAUAAGGUUAUCAGGUUACUAUAUAGCUGCUGUUAUUCAUUGUCUAACAGUAAUGAUGUUAUGAAUGAAACCUUUUUCCAUGUGUUUGUCUUUUUGGCAGCUGAACAGAAAUGAAAGCUGUUUAAAAUGAUACUGUGUAAGAACACAGUCAACAAUAACUACUGUGAACAAUGUUGGUAAGAUUUAUUUAAUGAUGUAUGAAAUAAAGAAAAGUAACAUACUGCUUCUGUCUCGUGGCUCUGUUAUGCCAGCACCUACUUCUGGACAUUGUAGAUACCCAAGAAAUUAAUUUGUAAGAUUUUGAUUGAUAAUAAAGCUGCAACUUGACACCUAAGUUUACAGUAAUAAUUGUAUGUGUUUUCUGUAUUGACUUUUAUCUCCCAGUUAGUAACAUUGUGUAUCAUUUUAGAAGAGAUGGUUAUUGAUGAAAACUUCACUUUUGAUGUUUUGUGCUAUUUUUCAUCCUGAAAGGGAGUUUGCUUUUGUUAUUAUAUAUAAUUACAUGGGUAUGCAAGUACUUAUUCCUGCUGUGAUUCAGUUCAGUUUUCCUUCAUAUAUUAGAUGUUGGGAUUGAAAAGGACCUUGUAGAGUUUUACACUCUUUAAAAAUAGAAAAUAUAAUUUGAAUGGAAACAAGGAUAUCCUAUGCUUGUCAUGCCUCAGCUUAAAGAAGGUACCAAAAUGUUGGCAAUAAUGCUAAGGACCAGGUGACUCGUGGACAGCUAAGAAUGUACUAAAUGUGGAUGCCGAAUCCUAUGGCUUUAUGAAAGUGCCCUCUUGGUACCAGUUGGUUUAGGUGAAAAAAUAAUUGACAUUAUUUAUGCAAAAUAUACUUCAAAAUAAAAAAUUACUAAUAAUAACAACAAUAAAAAUAAUUAUAAUAUUCAUUCUUAAAAUUUCAAUUCAAUGACCUAUCACUAUAAUUUUUUGUUACAUAAAGUGCCAAAUCAAAGGUGAGUGUGCAGGUUAUGGAAAUAAAUGUGAAAAUGUCCAUACUGCAAAAGAAAAUCAUUGCUUGAGUAUCAACUGCAAAUUGUAUACCACAAGAGCUGUAUAAAGCUGAUGUAUAUUUACAAUUCUUUCUAUUUGGAUAAAUUUUCCUGCUGCACAAGUGAUUUGUUGUUGACCUUAGUGUGAAAUCAUGAUUGCACACUUCAAAUGGAGAAAUUGCUUGGAAAAUCAAACUACUGAAAGAUUCUGAAUUUAUUAAAUCUUUUAAGAUUAACUAAAUAGCACAGAAUUAAAAUCAUGUUGAGUCCUUUAAGGCAACUAGAAGCUGGAAUUGUAUUCUCGAGGAAAGGUAUACUGUGUUACCGUUAAAAAUUAGUCAUAUUCAAAGAUAAUCAUAAUAUUUAUUUGUCAAUGAUAAUUGUUUCUAUCAAUUUGCUCAUUACUUUAGCAUUUUAAAUAAAAUUGAUUAGCAGCCUGUGAUGUCCUCAGGUGUUUAUUUUUCUAAGGAUAUUAUCAAGUUCUGCACAGUGAUUAAGGUAUUCAACACUGCUUAAUUUGGAAAAUUUCCAGUUUUUAAUUUUUUUCAUUAUGUUUAUUUUCUGUAAAUAAUAAUUAUAAUACUUAUUCAGGUAUCAAGUAACAUGUGUCUGUCACAGAUGAACCACUUCCAGCUCACCAAUCAAGACAUAAAGUGCCAUUCACAGUGGCGGUUCUUUAUAAGGUUCACAACACCCCCAAAAAUUGAACAAAAUAGAAUAUACACUUCGUUAUUAAAAUCUCAUUAAUAGUAUGCCAUUUUACUGCUCCUCUUUUAUAAUUUCCAUACCAGUAUUACAUAGACGAACCGAUGAGGCUACGUUGCUGUUCACUUUUUCGAAACAACACCUCACUCUGCCCUUGUUCCAUGAGGACCAUUGGGUACCAUAUGAUGUCGCUUCUGCGUCUUCAUAGCGCGCUUUCAUCGGAUCAUGUUCACACUUACACCGUGAACUCCGCUUGGCCCAGCUCGGGCUAUCGCGUCACCCA